CGACGAAGAGAUGAGCGGCCUAGAGGACCACAGUUCAAAUGGCGACGGCGUUCAACGACAACUCUCCGAGUUACGGAAGAGCUACUCAAAACUGGAACAGAAAUAUCAGAAGCUCCAAGAGAUUGGCGUGAAGCAAGCCGAACAAAACUUUGAACAACUCAAGGCGCAAGCCGAGGAAAACACUCGAGUGGCCAACGAGUUGAUUGCGCAGCUCAAGGAAGAGGUGGCCGAGCAAUCCAAGUCCAUCCAGCGAGCAGAGCAGCUGCAGUCGCGGCUAGGCCAGAGCGAGGCCGAGGUGGAGGAUUUGCGCGCCCAGCUGUCAGCCGCCAACCAAUCUCUGGCGCAGGCCAGGUCCGAGACGAAGAAUCUGUACACGAAACUGGCAGCGGCCAGGCAUGGCGAAACGAGCAGCAAGGGACCUACGACGGGGAGCCGGGCGCCGCAAAGCGAAAAGGAAAGCAAACAAGUCGCGCAAGUCAAAGAAGACUUGUAUGCGGAUCUGACGGGCCUCAUCGUGAGGGAUGUGCGCCGCAUUGACAAGGAGGAUGUCUUUGAUUGCAUCCAGACUGGGCGCAACGGGACUCUCCAUUUCAAGCUCGCACUGGAAGACCUGGAAGCGGCCGAAAGCUACGAGGAGCUGCAGUUUACAUACCGCCCGCAGCUGGAUGAGGACCGCGAUAGUGAUUUGAUUGAAGUCCUCCCCGACUAUCUCACCGAGGAAAUUACGUUUCCUCGGCAUCAGGCAUCCAAGUUUUAUGCCAGAGUAAUAAAGUCGCUAAUGGAG